AGUGUGUGUGAGAGUGAAUGUGAGAGUGAGUGUGAAAGUGUGACAGCGAGUGUGCGUGUGUGAGAGAGAGUGAGUGUGUGUGUAUGAGAGAGAGAGAGAGUGUGUAUGAGAGAGAGUUAGUUGUAUUUUUUCUCCUCCUAUUCUCUGGUUUAGUUGAUGGCUGCGCGCGCGGAUGGUCACAUGACCGCGGGCGUUCGGAAAGCAGUAGCGUCUCUUGAAUACCGACACACGGAGCGGUGGAGAGUUUCACACUCCGCUCCACAUCAACUCCGCACAGCGCUCGGGAUCUCUCCGCUCACCCGCCACUCCAGAUUAUCCUGCCAAGAAGUGGAGGUUCAGACAGGUCGAAUGGCCUGGAAAUAGCGUUCCUCUGACGGCUCCAGUCUCUGAGAGUAAACCAAACAAAUCUGAGCGGUCAUGCGGGAGUCCGGGCACUUCGAGGAGCUUUUCUGACCUUUAUACAUCACUGGCUUUUUUUUUUCUUCCGGGGUGUUUCAGAAGUCUGUUUGUUAAAGAAAUAUUUUUGUAAACGAGACACUCUGAAAGUCUUCUGGCUCGACUGGGCUGGGCUGGGGAGGUGAAGCGGACUGGGCUGCAGAGGGACUCGGUCUGCCUGCGGGGGGAAGGAAGGAGCGAGCUGGAGCCUGGGCUCAACAGAGUUUCCUGAAAUUUAAAGCAGACGUUUUUAAAUAUGGUGGGGGAAAUGGAAACAAAAGAGAAGCCCAAGCCGAGUCCUGACUAUCUCAUGCAGCUCAUGAACGACAAGAAACUGAUGAGCAGCCUGCCCAACUUUUGUGGGAUUUUCAACCACCUCGAGCGGCUUCUGGAUGAAGAGAUUGGCCGGGUACGGAAGGACAUGUACAAUGACACACUGAACAGUAGUACAGACAAAAGGACAUCGGAGCUCCCAGACGCCGUGGGGCCAAUUGCUCAGCUCCAGGAGAAACUUUACGUGCCUGUAAAAGAAUAUCCAGACUUCAACUUUGUGGGGAGAAUCCUUGGCCCACGUGGGCUCACUGCCAAACAGCUGGAGGCCGAGACAGGCUGCAAGAUAAUGGUGCGAGGCAAAGGCUCCAUGAGGGACAAGAAGAAGGAGGAACAGAACCGUGGAAAGCCCAACUGGGAGCAUCUGAAUGAGGACCUGCAUGUGCUCAUCACAGUUGAAGACUCGCAGAACCGUGCUGAGAUAAAACUCAAGAGAGCUGUGGAGGAAGUUAAAAAGCUACUUGUUCCUGCAGCUGAAGGUGAAGACAACUUGAAAAAGAUGCAGCUGAUGGAGCUGGCGAUUCUCAAUGGCACAUACCGAGAUGCCAAUAUCAAAUCACCAGCCUUGGCUUUCUCUUUGGCUGCCAGUGCCCAGGCUCCUCGCAUCCUCACUGGCCCCUCCCCAGUGAUGCCCACCGCAGCCCUACGUACUCCUGCCCCUGCUGCUCCCACCCUCAUGCCUCUCAUCCGACAGAUCCAGACCUCUGCCAUCAUGCCUGCUGGCACCCCUCACCCCACUGCCACCUUGCUGCCCCAGACCCCUGAGUCGGGUAUUAUCUACACCCCAUACGAGUAUCCCUAUACUCUGGCCCCUGCCACCUCUAUCCUUGAGUAUCCCAUUGACUCCAGUGGUGUAUUAGGUAUGGCUUUCCCCACAAAAGCAGGUGCAGUGACUACUAAAGUACGAAGGCAGGAUAUGCGCGUCCAUCCUUACCAAAGGGUAGUGACCGCAGAAAGAGCUGCCACCGGCAACUAACCAAUGACCCUCUGAGCUCUCAACUCUUCACCCAAUGAUGACCUGACCAUUGCCUGUGUGCUGACCAGUUCUCUGGCUCUCGUCCUUCACUUGUCUCAUACUCGCAGCCUGCUGGUGAGCAACGAAUCAGAUUUAAUUCACUUAAUACGACACAGCCGUGACAGUUCCCCUGAACUCAACCGUCCAUCUGAGGACCUACACGGUCAGGUGAUCUAGUCUCCGCAGCCUGCACUGAAGCAACACAAAAGCAAUAAUAUGAUCAUGUACAAAUUCAUUACCAGUUUCACUCAGACACUCAUUCAUUCAUACACACACACACACACCAGUUCUCAUAAUAGAAUAUAGGGAUUGAGCAUUAAGCUGGUGCUUUGAUUAAGUUGUGGAGACACACAGGACUGAAGCUUUGUGGCUGUGUAAUGUGUUCACGUGGGUCAGCAUGUCUGUGUGCGAGAAUAUGAAGAUGGAAAACUGCAAAAGUUUUGGAAGAUAAUUCAAAGUUAAAAUAUACAUUGAGAGAGUAAAAGCCAUUCUUGCCCAUCAGAAUCUUGAACAUGAAUAGAAUAAAAUGCAAUUUAUAAAUAAGAAUAAUUUUACAAGCACCGAAUACUAGCUCAUGCAUUUUUGAUCUGAGGGUGCUGCAAGUGAAAUUAGUCUAUUUUUCACUUUUUUUUUUUUUUUUUUUGUACAAAAUAACAGAAUGUGAUGUCGAAAUGUACAAAAAAAAAAAGAUUUAUUUCUUUACAAAAUGGGAAGAUUUUAGAGACCAAAAUGUCGGGGUUGUUUUUUUUUUUUUUUAAUUAUUUUUUUAUUUUUUUAAACUUUAAAAGUGCCUUAUUUUUCAUAUAAUCAUUGUGGAUGAAUGAUAUCCUCACUGUUUAUGACAACAUAUCAAUUAUAAUCAUUCUUUAUUAUGAAUGCAAAGGAAAAAAUCCAACAAAUUUGACUUUUUUUGUUUUUACAUUUAUGCAUAGACGUUAUUUCUAGCUCUGAUUUACAGUCGUGCCAUGUGUUAACAUGUUACUGCAUACAUUGAAUAUUGGUUACUUUGAUCCUCACUCUGGUUCAGCAGUAACGUCCGCUCCACCGCUAUGAAGCUCAUGUCAACACAGCAUUUAUGCACCACCGCCGCCAACCCUGAAACUGUUAGAGAGCGUUUUGGUUAUUAGUCAGUCACUGGUUCUAUAAAUUGGCAGUGUUAAAUGGAUUCAGCAAGUGUUGUAGAAGGUGAUUUUUCUUUUUCUAUUGUACAUUAUUAAGAAGUGAACUGUGAAUUAAAAGAAAUGGCAUCUUAAAAGUAGAACGCUAUGCAAUUAAGUUGCUUUUGCCAAGUUACAUGAGAUUUUCCAGCAGGUCUUCCAGAUUAUAGAGCCAAGAAUUGACAAGGAAAUGAUUCGAUUAGAAAUUAUCGAGAAUAUGGAGAUUGCUUUUGUUAUUUAAUUUGUAACAUGAUUAACAAGAAUAAUCCUUAUUUUGGUUGUUAUAACUGGAUCUCCAGUAUCUCUCUUCUGUUACUCUAUGUAGUGUAUGUUCUGUUACUUUGUAUGUACGAUGCUAUAGUAUUAGUAGUUUUUAAAGGUCUAGAAAUUCUGUUCUGUCUUUUUAUUUCUUUUUUUUUGACCUGUGGGAAUCAACACAGAAAAAUAUAUUUUGAAAUACAGCAAUCUUCUCAAUUAACUUCAAAACUGGAGCUCUAAGGUGUUUCCCUUUGUUUGGCCUGUUUUAUUUGUUUUUCUGAGCAGUAUUAUAAGAUUGUGUAAAUGGCACUAUGCACAUGCGUGCGUACGUGUAUGGGAGUGUGCUUGAUGCCAUGAAUAUGAUCUACACCAGUCAACUGCGCCUCCCCUUUUUUUGAAGCAGUCUUGUUUAUUCCAUUGGAAAUGUCUGGUCCUAUUUAUAACCAUUGUAACAACUAUAAAAUGUAUUUUUCUAUCACAUUUUGUAUGUAUGAAAUAACAUUAAAUCAUGUUUUCUGAUAUGAA